ACGAUGGAAGUUGAUAACGUCAAGCCAUCCAGCUCAGUUCCGCAGAGAAACUGGGAAAAAGAAAAUAACGUCCAAAAUGUCGAUUCGAUUUUCGAGUACAACAACAAGCAGCAAGUAGAAAUCAGAAAUGCAAAACCAUGGGAUAAAGAUCCACAUUAUUUCAAACAAAUCAAAAUAUCUGCAAUUGCUCUUCUGAAAAUGACAAUGCACGCGAAAAGAGGUGGAAAUCUGGAAAUUAUGGGACUUUUGCAAGGUCGAAUCGAUGCUAAUUCUUUCAUUAUUCUUGAUGUAUUCGCUCUUCCAGUUGAGGGUACUGAGACCAGAGUCAAUGCCCAAGCUCAAGCCUACGAGUACAUGACAGUUUAUUCUGAAAUGUGCGAUACGGAAGGUCGAAAGGAGAAAGUCGUCGGAUGGUAUCAUUCUCAUCCUGGAUAUGGAUGCUGGCUAUCCGGAAUCGACGUCUCAACGCAGACACUCAAUCAAAAGUUCCAAGAGCCAUGGGUUGCUAUUGUUAUUGAUCCAUUGAGAACUAUGUCUGCCGGAAAGGUUGACAUUGGCGCAUUCCGUACAUAUCCAGAAGGAUACCGUCCACCAGAUGAUGUUCCAUCAGAGUAUCAGUCGAUUCCUCUCGCAAAGAUUGAGGAUUUCGGUGUACAUUGCAAACGAUACUACUCGCUUGACGUCAGCUUCUUCAAAUCACAACUUGACGCUCACAUCUUGACUUCUCUGUGGAACAGCUAUUGGAUUUCCACUCUCAGCAGUUCUCCACUCUUCUCAAACGUCGAAUUCCUCAACAAUCAAAUUCAAGACAUCAAUCAGAAGCUGUCGGCCGUCGAUAAGAAGCUCCAAUUGAAUGACAGAAGUGUCGAUGGACAUGAAGCUUUGAUGAAAGUCGUGACCGAUGCAAAGGCAGUCGGAGAUGAACUUGAAACUGGAAGAAUCUCUCAUCUCGUGAAACAACUAUUGUUUGCUCGCCAAGCUGGUGGUGGCUGUGGAUGUUCCCAUGCUUCUGCAGGAUCUCCAAUGGAUAUCGCCGUGGCAACUGAACCCGAGAAGGCUGGUCCUUCUCCAUCUGCUCCGGAGCCCGCUGUUGAGAUGGCCGAUGCUUAAUUCUCGUUUUGUCUAUAUUUAUAAAUCAAGUCCCCCUGUUUUCUGUGUUAAAUUCACCAACAUCAUUUUAUUUGAAUGAAAUUUUUGCUUUUC